ACAGCAGGAAAGACAACCUGACAUAGGGAACUGGGGACUGCUAUACAGAGAGAGAACUACAAAGCAUCCUCAGUGCAGUAGGAACCCUAAUCCAAAGUCCCCAUACUUUUAUCAGAGUGUGCAACAGAGGAACAUGGCUCAAGAAACUAAUCACAGCCAAGUGCCUAUGCUUUGUUCCACGGGCUGCGGAUUUUAUGGAAACCCUCGUACAAAUGGCAUGUGUUUAGUACGUGAUAAAGAACAUCUUCAAAGACAGAAUAGUAGUAAUGGUAGAAUAAGCCCACCUGCACCUUCUGUCAGUAGUCUGUCUGAGUCUUUACCAGUUCAGUGCACAGACGACAGUGUCCCAGAAACUCAGUCAGCGUUAGACUCUACAUCUUCAUCUAUGCAGCCAAGCCCUGUAUCAAAUCAGUCACUUUUAUCAGAAUCUGUAGCAUCUUCCCAAGUGGACAGUACAUCUGUGGACAAAGCAAUACCUGAAACAGAAGACCUGCAAGCUUCAAUAUCAGAAACGGCACAGCAGCCAUGUGAAGAGCAAAGCAAGUCUCUUGAAAAACCAAAACAAAAAAAGAAUCGCUGUUUCAUGUGCAGGAAGAAAGUGGGACUUACUGGGUUUGAAUGUCAGUGCGGAAAUGUUUACUGUGGUGUACACCGUUACUCAGAUGUACACAAUUGCUCUUACAGUUACAAAGCUGAUGCUGCUGAGAAAAUCAGAAAAGAAAAUCCAGUAGUUGUUGGUGAAAAGAUCCAGAAGAUCUGAACUCCUGGAAUACAAAAUCCUUUGACCAUCUGCAAACUAAAAAUUGACUUGAGGUUUUUUUGCUAGUCAUUGGGAAUGUAGAGCAAUGUAUCUUGCAUAGACCUUUUAAUCAUGCAUGUCAUCAGAAGAAUAGAUUUUUGUUUUUGUUUUGAAAAUGACUCUGAACAUUUAUUUACAUUGCAGUUUCUGUGGCUGAAAAGACUUAAGUGAACUUUACAAGUAUUAUCCUUUUAAGAUCAUUUUAAUUUUAGUUGAGUGCA